ACUCAGUUCCAUCCCGUCCGUCGGCCAGUAAACAAGUGAUCUCUACUGCUGCUCCGUGUCCGCGCUCGAAACUGUCCAAGGGCUACCGUGUGUGUGUGUGCGCGUGUGUGUGUAUGUACGCCAGUAAACCAGUGCUUAAAACAACAUACCGAACCGGCUUCUUCUCGUGCGCGCAGGCGUCAGCGCACCAACUCUCUUUCUCUCGCGCACGUUAUCUCGCGCUCAGCGCAAAACAAGGUGUACAGAGAAAGGGCACGAGGUAAAAGGCAUCCCCAACCCCCCGACCGACCGUGGGGAGAUUCGUGUGACUGUGUGCGUGUGUGUGUGAGUGAGCGGCGGGGUUGUUCGCGUUCGCUCAAAAACGCUGCCCUGCAUCACGGCACUGUUCAGUUCGUUCGUGCAUUCCGGUCCCAGUGCUGCUAGUAGUGUGACCCUGUGCUGCUGCUGUCUCUCUGUUGCCCCGCUUUGUGCACUGUGUGAUCCGACAUAUCCCCUCCGCACCAACUAAGCACAACGUGAUUACCUCAUCACGCAUCCGCAAAGUGUGUCAACGCAUGGCCGCGCGCAGAUGGUUGGAAAAGUGAUUCUAGCGCGCUAACUGGCCACGGUUAGUGAUAACGGGUGCCAUCACGCUAUCAGUGCAGUGCAAAAGUGUCGUACAGUGGUGAAAGAUAACUGAAAAAACACACCCACGCCACAGGGUAAUUGAAUAAUAAGUACGUUAAACGGUAGUGAUAUUGGUGUGCAAUAAGUGAUAAAAGUAGAACGCAAAGUGUAUCCCGAUAAACAUGGGGUUGAAUAACCGCGACAAGCAGGCAAAGCUGAAAACUCAGAGCCUGCUAGACUCCGAGCGAGCCGGACAGCAAACGGUGACGACGGUAACGGUGGAUCAUGGUACGGUCGCGAUGCCACUGGAGUCGAUGGCAACCGUCAGCUCAUCGACGGCGAACAACAGCAGUUCGUUCCAGCAGUCGUCAUCGUCGUCCUCCUCGACGACCUCGAAGGUCCAGUCCAGUGCAGUGGAAAGUACAGUGCAGCGCAAGUCCUCCGAUGGGCGCGUGAUCAGUGAAGUGCGUGAGCAAGGCUCCAAGAAGGAUGGGCCAAAGUUCAGCACCGUCAGCAGCAUGCGCAGUGAGGCUAACCGGGCCAAACAGAUCGAUAGCUUCAUCGAGGAGAUACAUCACAUCGCGAGUGAUACGAUCGGCUCGACCGCACUGAUCGGUGCUCCGGCCGGUAUGGAGCUGCCCGCCGGGACGGUCACACAGAAAACGGUGCUGCUCAGUGGUGGUGAAAGUGCGCGCAAGCAAUCGUACGUCAGUGAGAGUGUUGGCGGUGGUCAUACCACCCUCCAGUCCAGUGUGUCCGGUGAUGCUAGUCAGCAGGUGAUAUCGACCAUCGGGCCGAGCAAGAUCGAGAUCUCGAAAAUGGCCCUAGACAGCAGUGCCGUUUCGAGCAGUAGCACCAGCAAAGUCAUGCAAAGUAGCAGCAGUGCCAUAACGAAGCAAGAGCAGCAGCAAUCAUCAUCAUUGUCAUCUUCAUCGCAGAGUGCGAUGCAUAGUGAGAAAAAUGUGUCCGAAUCUAGUGCAAUCUCCAGUUCACACAAGUCUGAGUCGAAGCAGAGCAAAAGCUCCCACACGACCUCGUCGUCGUCGUCGUCGUCGAGCACCUGCAAACUGAUGUCGAGUGCUCAAAGCAAGGCUCAGUCUGUGUCGGAAACAUUCCAAUCGUCCGCACAUGGUACGAGCGACAGUGCACAGUCCGGACGACAGACGGAUACGCUAUCAAUGAACGGUGGUAGACAGUCGCUGUCCACAGUACAGUCAUCACACCUGCCGGACCAUUCCACGUACGAUCAGAAAUCAUUCCAGCUGGUGGAUGGAGAUGGCAAGACCCGCCAGCAGCAUGACAGCCAGAGCUACUCGAUGGCACAGAGUCAAGCGCCGACCACGAAAAUCGUGUACGAUUCGGCGGGUAAUCAGAUCACGAGCACUUCCUCCUCGUACCAAGCCGCGCAGGGCUACAGUACCUCCUCGUUCCAGAGCUCCGACGGAGUCGAUUUGUCGAUGUCGGCCAAGGACAGUUCCGCUGGAACGGCCAAGCUUCGCCAGACGGCGAACAAUCAGAAUCAAGUGCUGUACGAUACAGCCGGCAACCGGAUCACGACCACCGGCUCCUCAUCGUAUCAAGCGGCGCAAGGUUACAGUUCCUCGUCCUUCCAGAGCUCCGAAGCGAUGGAUUCAAAGUCAUCGAAUGACUACAUGUCCUCUACCAGUACAUCCACGAAGCAGAGUCACAAUGUGUCCACUUCCAAGGGUAUGACGUCCAGCAGCGCAAAGGACUCUAUCAUCGACUCAACCACACUGGACAACUACUCGGUGCAGUUGCACGAUUCGUCCACCGGUCAGCAACACUCUAACAAUAUGCUCAUGAAAACGGAGUCGGCCCACACCGUGGCCAGCCUUUCGUCGGCACACGACGGACUGGCCAGUACGAUCCAGAGCACGCAGCUCAUUACGGAAUCGGCGAGCGAGGCGCAGCAGCGCCAGCAACACUCGGAGUCGACCAAAACGUACGAAACGUCCUCGCACUAUGCGCAGAUGGACGAGGAAAGCCGUUCCCGGCGCAAGACGUCCGAGUAUCGCGAGCAGCGCGAAUCGAAUGCCGCCAUCCUGAAGCGCAAGAUCUAUGACGAGCACGGGCGGCGGCUGAACUUGAUCGAUGAGAAAAUUGUGCCGAAAGACAUCGUGACGGCGGACCUGCAGGACGACGUGACGAACGUGACCAAAACGUCGUUCGAGGCGAAACUGUUCAACCCGAAGCUGAAGCGAUGGGAGCUGGUCGACCAGAAGACGAUACUGGAGAAGGACAUUACCACCGACAUACCGGUGGAGAUCGUCCAGGAGCUGGAGGUGGAGCGUCCCGAGCUGGCCAACAUCACCACGACGAUUCAGAUGACGAAGGUAUACGAUGCCAAGACCAAGCAGUGGAAAACGAUCGAUCAGAAGAAGCACAUCGAUGUGCUGGAAAAGAUCACCUUCCUGGAGGAAAGCUCCGGACGCUCGGAGCUGGACGAGUCGGAGCGAACGAAAAACAUGAAAUCCAUGGAUAUGGUGGACCGUGUGACAAUCAAGGAGGUGAGCGAUCUAAGCGAUCAGAAACGAAACCAGAUCAACAAAACGUCCAAACGCACAGACCAACAAACCAUCCAGGAGCAGUGCAUCUGCGAAAUCUGUACCUGCGGACGGCAUAACUGCUACAACUGUGGAGGAGGUACUGCAACGACACAAACUAAAUCCUCAAAAUAUACUGCCACGAGCAAUUCGGAAAAUUUUUACCAUCAAGAAAAUUUCACAUCAGAGCUCAGUGCGCAAGCAACGUCGGGAAGACGAGGAACAUGGACAAUAGAAGAUGCAGAAGAUCAUCUGAAUCGAAGGGAAUCGUACACGAUUGAACAUAGCAGCACCGCAAACGAAACAUCGGAACGCAGACUCACGUGGACGAAGGAUGAUUUGGAAAAGGUUGAUGUCACGAAGCUUAAAGCUGACUACGUGCGACCAAAACCAAUCAAGCAUGAAGAUAAUCUCAAGCCCGAAGGAGCAUUUACGGUGCCGGAACGAGCAGGAUACACCCCAGGGGAGCGUGUCAAGCCGAUAAAACCCGAUGACAACCUUCGUCCAGAGGGCGAUUUCUCUACUCCAGAGAAGCUUCAGUACAGACCGGCCGAGCGACCAAAGCAGGUUCGACCUGAGGAUAACCUCAGACCGGAAGGAGAGUUUGAGAAGCCUGAGAAGCCUCAGUACAGACCGGCCGAGCGUCCGAAGCAGAUCAAACCUGAGGAUAACCUGCGUACUGAGGGAGAGUUCCAGGCUCCUGAGCGUCCAGAGUAUCGUCCUGGAGAACGACCGAAGCCUGUGCGUCACGAUGAUAAUCUUCGUCCCGAGGGAGACUUCGAGCGUCCCGAGAAAUCACCAUUCCGACCAGCCGAGCGACCGAAGCAGGUUCGUCCUGAAGACAAUCUUCGUCCAGAGGGCGAGUUCUCUACUCCAGAGAAGCCUCAGUACAGACCGGCCGAGCGACCGAAGCAGAUUCGACCUGAGGAUAACCUCAGACCGGAAGGAGACUUCGAGAAGCCUGAGAAGCCUCAGUACAGACCGGCCGAGCGUCCGAAGCAGAUCAAACCUGAAGAUAACCUGCGUACUGAGGGAGAGUUCCAGGCUCCUGAGCGUCCAGAGUAUCGUCCUGGAGAGCGUCCGAAGCCUGUGCGUCACGAUGAUAAUCUUCGUCCCGAGGGAGACUUCGAGCGUCCCGAGAAAUCUCCAUUCCGACCAGCCGAGCGACCGAAACAGGUUCGUCCUGAGGACAAUCUUCGUCCAGAGGGCGAGUUCUCUACUCCAGAGAAGCCUCAGUAUAGACCGGCCGAGCGACCGAAGCAGGUUCGACCUGAGGAUAACCUCAGACCGGAAGGAGAGUUCGAGAAGCCUGAGAAGCCUCAGUACAGACCGGCCGAGCGUCCGAAGCAGAUCAAACCUGAGGAUAAUCUGCAUACUGAGGGUGAGUUCCAGGCUCCUAAGCGUCCAGAGUAUCGUCCUGGGGAACGACCGAAGCCUGUGCGUCACGAUGAUAAUCUUCGUCCCGAGGGAGACUUCGAGCGUCCCGAGAAAUCACCAUUCCGACCAGCCGAGCGACCGAAGCAGGUUCGUCCUGAGGACAAUCUUCGUCCAGAGGGCGAUUUCUCUACUCCAGAGAAGCCUCAGUACAGACCGGCCGAGCGUCCAAAACAGGUUCGUCCUCAAGAUAACCUCAAGCCCGAAGGUGAUUUCGAACGACCUCAGCCUACGAUUGUAGGAAAGGCCGAGAGAGCUCAGAUUGUUCGUCACGAGGACAAUCUGUAUAUGGAAGGCAACUUCGAACGUACUGAGAAAACGGUUUACAUAUCUGGCGAGCGACCGAAGCCCAUAAGACCUGAUGAUAAUCUUCGUCCCGAGGGAGACUUCGAGCGUCCCGAGAAAUCACCAUUUCGACCAGCCGAGCGACCGAAGCAGGUUCGUCCUGAGGACAAUCUUCGUCCAGAGGGCGAGUUCUCUACCCCAGAGAAGCCUCAGUACAGACCGGCCGAGCGUCCGAAGCAGAUCAAACCUGAAGAUAAUCUGCGUACUGAGGGUGAGUUCCAGGCUCCUGAGCGUCCAGAGUAUCGUCCUGGAGAGCGACCGAAGCCCAUAAGACCUGAUGAUAAUCUUCGUCCAGAGGGAGACUUCGAGCGUCCCGAGAAAUCUCCAUUCCGACCAGCCGAGCGACCGAAGCAGGUUCGUCCUGAGGACAAUCUUCGUCCAGAGGGCGAGUUCUCUACUCCAGAGAAGCCUCAGUACAAAUCGGCCGAGCGACCGAAGCAGGUUCGUCCUCAAGAUAACCUCAGACCGGAAGGAGACUUCGAGAAGCCUGAGAAGCCUCAGUACAGACCGGCCGAGCGUCCGAAGCAGAUCAAACCUGAAGAUAACCUGCGUACUGAGGGAGAAUUCCAGACUCCUGAGCGUCCAGAGUAUCGUCCUGGAGAGCGACCGAAGCCCAUAAGACCUGAUGAUAAUCUUCGUCCUGAAGGAGACUUCGAGCGUCCCGAGAAAUCUCCAUUCCGACCAGCCGAGCGACCGAAGCAGGUUCGUCCUGAGGACAAUCUUCGUCCAGAGGGCGAGUUCUCUACUCCAGAGAAGCCUCAGUAUAGACCGGCCGAGCGUCCAAAUCAGGUUCGUCCUCAAGAUAACCUGAAGCCCGAAGGUGAUUUCGAACGACCUCAGCCUACGAUUGUAGGAAAGGCCGAGAGAGCUCAGAUUGUUCGUCACGAGGACAAUCUGUAUAUGGAAGGCAACUUCGAACGUACUGAGAAAACGGUUUACAUAUCUGGCGAGCGACCGAAGCCCAUAAGACCUGAUGAUAAUCUUCGUCCCGAGGGAGACUUCGAGCGUCCCGAGAAAUCACCAUUCCGACCAGCCGAGCGACCAAAGCAGGUUCGUCCUGAGGACAAUCUUCGUCCAGAGGGCGAGUUCUCUACUCCAGAGAAGCCUCAGUACAGACCGGCCGAGCGUCCGAAGCAGGUUCGACCUGAGGAUAACCUCAGACCGGAAGGAGAGUUCGAGAAGCCUGAGAAGCCUCAGUACAGACCGGCCGAGCGUCCGAAGCAGAUCAAACCUGAGGAUAAUCUGCGUACUGAGGGUGAGUUCCAGACUCCUGAGCGUCCAGAGUAUCGUCCUGGAGAGCGACCGAAGCCCAUAAGACCUGAUGAUAAUCUUCGUCCAGAGGGAGGCUUCGAGCGUCCCGAGAAAUCUCCAUUCCGACCAGCCGAGCGACCGAAGCAGGUUCGUCCUGAGGACAAUCUUCGUCCAGAGGGCGAGUUCUCUACUCCAGAGAAGCCUCAGUACAGACCGGCCGAGCGACCGAAGCAGGUUCGACCUGAGGAUAACCUCAGACCGGAAGGAGACUUCGAGAAGCCUGAGAAGCCUCAGUACAGACCGGCCGAGCGUCCGAAGCAGAUCAAACCUGAGGAUAAUCUGCGUACUGAGGGUGAGUUCCAGACUCCUGAGCGUCCAGAGUAUCGUCCUGGAGAGCGACCGAAGCCCAUAAGACCUGAUGAUAAUCUUCGUCCCGAGGGAGACUUCGAGCGUCCCGAGAAAUCUCCAUUCCGACCAGCCGAGCGACCGAAGCAGGUUCGUCCUGAGGACAAUCUUCGUCCAGAGGGCGAGUUCUCUACUCCAGAGAAGCCUCAGUACAGACCGGCCGAGCGUCCGAAGCAGGUUCGACCUGAGGAUAACCUCAGACCGGAAGGAGAGUUCGAGAAGCCUGAGAAGCCUCAGUACAGACCGGCCGAGCGUCCGAAGCAGAUCAAACCUGAGGAUAACCUGCGUACUGAGGGAGAGUUCCAGGCUCCUGAGCGUCCAGAGUAUCGUCCUGGAGAGCGUCCGAAGCCUGUGCGUCACGAUGAUAAUCUUCGUCCCGAGGGAGACUUCGAGCGUCCCGAGAAAUCUCCAUUCCGACCAGCCGAGCGACCGAAGCAGGUUCGUCCUGAGGACAAUCUUCGUCCAGAGGGCGAGUUCUCUACUCCAGAGAAGCUUCAGUACAAAUCGGCCGAGCGACCGAAGCAGGUUCGUCCUCAAGAUAACCUCAGAUCGGAAGGAGACUUCGAGAAGCCUGAGAAGCCUCAGUACAGACCGGCCGAGCGUCCGAAGCAGAUCAAACCUGAAGAUAACCUGCGUACUGAAGGAGAAUUCCAGACUCCUGAGCGUCCAGAGUAUCGUCCUGGAGAGCGACCGAAGCCCAUAAGACCUGAUGAUAAUCUUCGUCCUGAAGGAGACUUCGAGCGUCCCGAGAAAUCUCCAUUCCGACCAGCCGAGCGACCGAAGCAGGUUCGUCCUGAGGACAAUCUUCGUCCAGAGGGCGAGUUCUCUACUCCAGAGAAGCCUCAGUAUAGACCGGCCGAGCGACCGAAGCAGGUUCGACCUGAGGAUAACCUCAGACCGGAAGGAGACUUCGAGAAGCCUGAGAAGCCUCAGUUCAGACCGGCCGAGCGUCCGAAGCAGAUCAAACCUGAAGAUAACCUGCGUACUGAAGGAGAAUUCCAGACUCCUGAGCGUCCAGAGUAUCGUCCUGGAGAGCGACCGAAGCCUGUGCGUCACGAUGAUAAUCUUCGUCCCGAGGGAGACUUCGAGCGUCCCGAGAAAUCUCCAUUCCGACCAGCCGAGCGACCGAAGCAGGUUCGUCCUGAAGACAAUCUUCGUCCAGAGGGCGAUUUCUCUACUCCAGAGAAGCCUCAGUACAGACCGGCCGAGCGUCCGAAGCAAGUUCGUCCUCAAGAUAACCUCAAGCCCGAAGGUGAUUUCGAACGACCUCAGCCUACGAUUGUAGGAAAGGCCGAGAGAGCUCAGAUUGUUCGUCACGAGGACAAUCUGUAUAUGGAAGGCAACUUCGAACGUACUGAGAAAACGGUUUACAUAUCUGGCGAACGACCGAAGCCCAUAAGACCUGAUGAUAAUCUUCGUCCCGAGGGAGACUUCGAGCGUCCCGAGAAAUCACCAUUCCGACCAGCCGAGCGACCGAAGCAGGUUCGUCCUGAGGACAAUCUUCGUCCAGAGGGCGAGUUCUCUACUCCAGAGAAGCCUCAGUACAGACCGGCCGAGCGUCCGAAGCAGGUUCGACCUGAGGAUAACCUCAGACCGGAAGGAGACUUCGAGAAGCCUGAGAAGCCUCAGUACAGACCGGCCGAGCGUCCGAAGCAGAUCAAACCUGAGGAUAAUCUGCGUACUGAGGGUGAGUUCCAGACUCCUGAGCGUCCAGAGUAUCGUCCUGGAGAGCGACCGAAGCCUGUGCGUCACGAUGAUAAUCUUCGUCCCGAGGGAGACUUCGAGCGUCCCGAGAAAUCACCAUUCCGACCAGCCGAGCGACCGAAGCAGGUUCGUCCUGAGGACAAUCUUCGUCCAGAGGGCGAUUUCUCUACUCCAGAGAAGCCUCAGUACAGACCGGCCGAGCGUCCAAAACAGGUUCGUCCUCAAGAUAACCUCAAGCCCGAAGGUGAUUUCGAACGACCUCAGCCUACGAUUGUAGGAAAGGCCGAGAGAGCUCAGAUUGUUCGUCACGAGGACAAUCUGUAUAUGGAAGGCAACUUCGAACGUACUGAGAAAACGGUUUACAUAUCUGGCGAGCGACCGAAGCCCAUAAGACCUGAUGAUAAUCUUCGUCCCGAGGGAGACUUCGAGCGUCCCGAGAAAUCACCAUUCCGACCAGCCGAGCGACCGAAGCAGGUUCGUCCUGAGGACAAUCUUCGUCCAGAGGGCGAGUUCUCUACUCCAGAGAAGCCUCAGUACAGACCGGCCGAGCGUCCGAAGCAGGUUCGACCUGAGGAUAACCUCAGACCGGAAGGAGACUUCGAGAAGCCUGAGAAGCCUCAGUACAGACCGGCCGAGCGUCCGAAGCAGAUCAAACCUGAGGAUAAUCUGCGUACUGAGGGUGAGUUCCAGACUCCUGAGCGUCCAGAGUAUCGUCCUGGGGAACGACCGAAGCCUGUGCGUCACGAUGAUAAUCUUCGUCCCGAGGGAGACUUCGAGCGUCCCGAGAAAUCUCCAUUCCGACCAGCCGAGCGACCGAAGCAGGUUCGUCCUGAGGACAAUCUUCGUCCAGAGGGCGAGUUCUCUACUCCAGAGAAGCCUCAGUACAGACCGGCCGAGCGUCCAAAACAGGUUCGUCCUCAAGAUAACCUCAAGCCCGAAGGUGAUUUCGAACGACCUCAGCCUACGAUUGUAGGAAAGGCCGAGAGAGCUCAGAUUGUUCGUCACGAGGACAAUCUGUACAUGGAAGGCAACUUCGAACGUACUGAGAAAACGGUUUACAUAUCUGGCGAGCGACCGAAGCCCAUAAGACCUGAUGAUAAUCUUCGUCCCGAGGGAGACUUCGAGCGUCCCGAGAAAUCACCAUUCCGACCAGCCGAGCGACCGAAGCAGGUUCGUCCUGAGGACAAUCUUCGUCCAGAGGGCGAGUUCUCUACUCCAGAGAAGCCUCAGUACAGACCGGCCGAGCGACCGAAGCAGGUUCGGCCUGAGGAUAACCUCAGACCGGAAGGAGAGUUCGAGAAGCCUGAGAAGCCUCAGUACAGACCGGCCGAGCGUCCGAAGCAGAUCAAACCUGAGGAUAACCUGCGUUCUGAGGGAGAGUUUCAGACUCCUGAGCGUCCAGAGUAUCGUCCUGGAGAACGACCGAAGCCUGUGCGUCACGAUGAUAAUCUUCGUCCCGAGGGAGACUUCGAGCGUCCCGAGAAAUCACCAUUCCGACCAGCCGAGCGACCGAAGCAGGUUCGUCCUGAGGACAAUCUUCGUCCAGAGGGCGAUUUCUCUACUCCAGAGAAGCCUCAGUACAGACCGGCCGAGCGUCCAAAACAGGUUCGUCCUCAAGAUAACCUCAAGCCCGAAGGUGAUUUCGAACGACCUCAGCCUACGAUUGUAGGAAAGGCCGAGAGAGCUCAGAUUGUUCGUCACGAGGACAAUCUGUAUAUGGAAGGCAACUUCGAACGUACUGAGAAAACGGUUUACAUAUCUGGCGAGCGACCGAAGCCCAUAAGACCUGAUGAUAAUCUUCGUCCCGAGGGAGACUUCGAGCGUCCCGAGAAAUCACCAUUCCGACCAGCCGAGCGACCGAAGCAGGUUCGUCCUGAGGACAAUCUUCGUCCAGAGGGCGAGUUCUCUACUCCAGAGAAGCCUCAGUACAGACCGGCCGAGCGUCCGAAGCAGGUUCGACCUGAGGAUAACCUCAGACCGGAAGGAGACUUCGAGAAGCCUGAGAAGCCUCAGUACAGACCGGCCGAGCGUCCGAAGCAGAUCAAACCUGAGGAUAACCUGCGUUCUGAGGGAGAGUUCCAGACUCCUGAGCGUCCAGAGUAUCGUCCUGGAGAACGACCGAAGCCUGUGCGUCACGAUGAUAAUCUUCGUCCCGAGGGAGACUUCGAGCGUCCCGAGAAAUCACCAUUCCGACCAGCCGAGCGACCGAAGCAGGUUAGACCGGAAGAUAAUCUUAAACCAGAGGGAAGUUUUGAAAAACCAGAGAAGCCUCAGUACAGACCGGCAGAAAGACCGAAGCAAGUGAAACCUCUGGACAAUCUUAGGCCAGAAGGAGACUUCGAACGCCCGAAACCAACACCAGUUGGUAAACCCGAUCGUGCCCAGAUCGUGAAGCAUGAGGAUAACUUGCGAGUCGAAGGAAACUUUGAAAGAGUAGAAAAAACAGUAUUUGUAGCUGGCGAACGUCCAAAACCGAUAAAGCCUGAUGAUAAUCUACGCCCAGAAGGAGAUUUUAUGACUCCGGAAAAACAACAGUUCCGUCCGGCUGAGCGUCCGAAACAGAUCAAACCUCAGGACAAUCUGCGCCCCGAAGGAGACUUCGAACGUCCACAAAAGUCCCCGAUCGGCCCUGGUGAACGUCCCAAACCGAUCAGACACGAUGACAAUCUACGGCCGGAGGGAUCAUUCGAAAGACCAGAAAAGGCUACGUUCAAACCAGCGGAACGGCCCAAACAAAUACGCCCGGAGGAUAAUUUGCGUACCGAGGGUGAGUUUGAGAAGCCCGAAAAGCCACAGUUCCGGCCGGCCGAGCGUCCGAAGCAGGUAAAACCGCAGGAUAAUCUGCAAAUCGAGGGCGACUACAACACGUUCAAGGAGUACACGGAACAGAAGCAGCGCAAGGAAGCCAUACUAAAGGAGGUGCAUGAACCGGGCAUCGCCGACGGUGCGGUACUGGUGACCACGCAAACGGUCACCACCAUCCUGAAGGGAGAGAAGAAGCAGCCCACCGGCAGACAGGUCACUAGCAACGAGGUGCACGAUCACGCCACCCGCUCCGAGUCAGAGUCAUUCACGCACAGCCACAGCCAGCAUCAGCAGCAACACCAUACCAGUGAGCAGGUCUCUAGUUCUACUGCCAUCAAUCGAGCGCAGCGCAUUGAAGCUAGCACCAACGAACGCGAUCAAACAACCUCGCAACGAUCUGCGACGAAACAUUCGCAAUCGAUUCAUGACGUUUCGGGCCGAAAUGUUGCCGAAUCGAUUACCAAUCACAGCCAGCAUCACGUGGUUAAUGGCAAAACGGUUGUCGGCGGAAUGACGGAGCACCAGAGCCAUAGCAGCCACAGCCUGAAGUCUUCAUCCUCCAGCUCGAAGGUGCAUCAGACAAGCUCCUCCACCAUGCAGCAACAUUCAUCAGCCAUCAAGAGCAGCAGCAGCAGCAGCAGCAAUACUCAUCAACACCAGGAGUCUCUUCAUCAGCUACAGCACGGAGAGACACGUCACACGCGCACAAACGGUACGAUCGUAACAGGCGAUGAUGGAGGCCCACUGCCGGGAGGAGUUCAGCAUCACACACGCGAACAAAUGACCGGGUCACAGGUUUCUUCCUCCAGCAGCAAGGUCGUAAUUGAUGGAAAAGUCGUAACGGAUAAAUCCGCAUCGUCGAAGCUCGCGUCCGAAAAGCUUGCAAUCGACGGGGUCGUCGUAACGGAUAAAAGCUUCGUCGAACGCCAGAAAACAGGGUUCGAUGGUAUGGAAAGCAUCUCUAACGUACAGACCACAGGACAGAAUGUACAUGGGGCAACAAGCAGCAACCUCCAGGACACGACCUCCACUUCCACGGGCAGCCAUUCGUCUACAAAGACGCAGUCUCAAACACGCUCGACGAACAAUAUCAUUCACGCCGAAUCAUCCACCAACGGACACCCAGUCGGGCGACGUAACGGUUCACUGACCACCUCAAGCCAGGCCGGAUCCGGCCAGAUGGCGGAAACACAGGUGAAGAAACUGAUCGGUGGAAAAUGGGUCACCAAGACGAUCAAAACGGAAAGCAAGUCAUUCGCUCAGGAUCAUCAUCAACAUGGAGCAGUGCACGGCGAUAGUAAGAUGGUGCAUUCGGAUCACGUGGCACGUCAGCAGCAUCAGACGCAGAGUGCCGGUACGGAAAUGUACUCUCACUCCAUAUCCACCUCCAGCUCGUCGGUUAGCAAAUCUCAAUCGAGCAGUACGAUCGUGAGUGAUAAGACCGUACAACGGGGAGUGCGUGAAACGACCGUGUCUGCCGGUUCGCCUUCUGGCCGCCCUGCAGCAGGAGCACGUGGAGGCUCUAGCAUUGUGUUGGGUGAGUCCACCAUUGAUAGUAGCUCUUCCAAGCGACAGCAGACAAGCACCACCACCAAGCUGAUUGGAGGAAAGCUCGUCCACGUGACAAACGCCAGCGAUAGCAAUAACAACAGUUCCGCCGGCAAAGCGUCUGCCCAGAACGCAUCGAAUGCUCACCACUCUUCGCUGCAGGAGCAGCUGUCCUCCCAGACCGCGUCCUCCACAUCCACAGCCUCGAACGUGAUGAAGUCGAGCCGAACGAGUGAAUCAAGCACCACCCGCAACACGAGCACGAUCGGACAGCAGUCCUCCACGUCACAGCAGCAGCAGCAGCAGCAGUACAAUCGGAAGAACACCUUCGCGUCGUCAGAGAACGUGAACAACUCGAUCCUCUGCCGACCGGCGCAAACGUCCACCGCCACCACAACGCAGCACGGCGCCAAUGGGGUGGCCGGUGGCAUGAGCGUAUCCGGCUCGAUCCAGCGCAAGAGCAUCUCGAACCUGAACGACAGCGCCAUGUACUCGACGACGAACCGCACCAGCUACAGCUCGCUGCACCGCCGCGGCAAGGAAUCGGCCGAAUCGAGAAUGCAGGACUACGUGAAGACGCUCGAAACGGGAACCAUCACCAACCGGACGGUGCGUGGCCAACCGUGUCCACCACCGACGCUGGCCGGUACGGGUCUAUCGAACAGCAGUAGCACCGUGACCGCGAGCUCCUCCACCAGCAUGUCGGCGGCGAAUCAGAAAUCGCUGCGCGACUACCACUCCGCCAUGAACGUCACGCGCAGCUCGUCGACCAAAGCGAACGCGUCCAGCAUCUCGUUCGGGGACGACAAGUUCCACGGUACCAGCUCGUACAAGGUGCAGUACAUCCAGCAGCACGAAGGGCGCUGCCCGGCCGCCGCACACGACAACAUGAAGCUGUCGAAGGUCACCAAACAGCACACGUACUAUGUGCGGGACAAGAAGUAGGCGGAGAUCGUUAGAGUUGCAGUGGCAUAAAUGUUUUGGAUUAUUGUUUUUUUUUUUAAUAUUGUUUUUGUUUUAAUGCUUUUUAUAUCGUUUUGGAUGUGAUCCAGUGUUACAGUCUGAUACACACAUGCGUUUAGCAUUUCAGUGAACAUUUUAUCAUCGACUCAUUAUUACAACGAAGCGCGUGGAAGGAGCGUUGGUUCACUGCCAACCUCUUCACAGCAAGACUAAUUGUCAACGAUAUAAGCUACCCAUUAUAUACUACAUUAUAUUAUUCACAACAUGUCAUUAUAGCUUAUGCUUUUUUUUAAUAAAAAACAAAAUAAAAAUAACAUAACUAUGUA